AUAUAGAAAGGAGGGUUGGUUUUAUAGGAUUGAUCAGGUUUUCCACUCUUGAGUUUGACAGCAAAAGAACACAGCACAAAUGGCAAGCAUCACAGCCACCGCCACUUCCUCCGCCGUCUCUGGCGCCGGACUUCUCCUCAAGCCUUCCUCCGCCGCCUCUGUCGCACCCGUCGUCGGCCUGUCCUUGAAGAAGGGGGGAAAGAGGAGCAGCGGAGUGAGAUGCUCGAUGGAGAAGAAGCAGCCGAACAGCACAGCGGCUGGAGCAGGAGCGUCGGCGGCAGCAGCGUUAUUGACGGCCGUGAUGAGCAGCCCCGCAAUGGCUCUGGUGGACGAGAGGAUGUCGACGGAAGGAACAGGACUUCCCUUCGGUCUGAGCAACAACCUGUUGGGAUGGAUUCUGUUCGGAGUGUUCGGUUUCAUCUGGGCUUUUUACUUCAUUUACGCUUCCUCUCUCGAGGAGGACGAGGAAUCUGGUCUUUCCCUCUGAACCACUUCUCCCUCCCCCCCACUAUAUUCAGCCUUCUCUCUCUCUCUCUCUCUCUGUCUCGUGCUUGAACAUAUAAUUUAAACAAAUCCCAGUUGGUCGUUGUUCUCGAAAAAGACGUGGAAUGUUGUGAUUCA